AUGCAGUGGCCAGACUGGCUCAAGUGGAAAGAGUCUGACAAGGAAAAGAAGAAACCCAUCACCUGGUCCGACUCGCUCAACGCUACAGACUGGUCACACUACUCCUCACCUCGCACCAUCCUACCCACCGCAAUCUUGACCUUCUCCACUCUCGCCUUGAUCCGCAUCUACCGCAGACACCUCCGCCGCGUUCCCGAAGCCCAAUACAUUACACCCUCGUACUUUCACAAACGUAGUCUCUACGGCUAUGUCAGUCGUGUCGGCGAUGGUGACAACUUCCGUUUGUUUCACACUCCAGGAGGCCGUCUCCUUGGAUGGGGUUGGCUACCCUCGAGAAAGGUUCAAGAUUGGACCCUCAAGGAAUUCAAGGACAAGACCGUCCACGUUCGCAUAGCAGGCGUUGAUGCCCCUGAGACUGCCCAUUUCGGUAACAAAGAACAACCUUAUGGAAAAGAAGCCUUAGAUUGGCUGAGGACUUUACUUCACAAGCGUUAUGUUAGGGCAUACAUCUACAGACUCGAUCAGUAUCAAAGAGUCGUUGCAAGUGUGUCAUACUGGAGAUGGGGCUUCUGGAAAACAGACGUCGGUCUGGAAAUGAUCAAGAAUGGCAUGGCUACUGUCUACGAAGCAAAAUUCGGCAGCGAGUUCGGCAACAAAGAAGCCAAAUAUCGCAGAGCCAUGGAAAAGGCUCAGAAAAAACAGAUCGGCAUGUGGAAGAAGGCCAGCUUUAUUGGCAAGAUAAUGGGUCAGAAAGAUGAGAAGAUCGAGUCCCCUCGUGAAUACAAGACUCGCAUAAGCCUUCUCGACAAGACAGGGACUGGCCAGAAGAAAUGA